AUGGCGAACCUUCCCUUUCCGCAUUCGAGCGCGCCGCUCAAAACUGUUGAGGAAAUACAGUUUGGUAUGUUAUCCCCGGAGGAAAUCAAAAACAUGAGCGUCGCGCACAUUCUCUAUCCUGAAACAAUGGAAGAGAACAAGACAACACCACGCGACGGCGGUCUGAACGAUCCUCUUCUUGGUUCCAUCGAUCGUCAGUUCAAGUGUAAGACUUGCUCUCAGCCGAUGAGCGAGUGUCCAGGUCAUUUUGGCCAUAUAGAGCUGGCGAAACCUGUCUAUCACCCUGGUUUCAUCAAGAAAGUGAAAAAGGUUUUGGAGAUUGUCUGCCACAACUGCAGCAAAGUGUUGGCCGAUGAAAGCGAUCCCGAAUUCGUCACAGCUAUUCAUACUCGCGAUCCGAAACUCCGAUUCAAGCGCGUUUGGGCCGUAUGCAAGAAGAAGCGCAAAUGCGAGAAUGAGGAGCGGCAAGACAAGAAUAAAGACGAAGAGUUCGCUCCAGGUGUCAAGAACGUCGUUCUCGAAGGACAUGGCGGAUGUGGCAAUAUGCAGCCGCAGGUGAGACAGGCCGCGCUGCAACUCAAAGCUGCCUUCGAGGUUACUUCGGAAGAGGGUCCCAAGAGGAAAGAGACGGUUAAUAUCAGCGCCGAGAUGGCGCAUGGUAUCCUUCGCCGCAUCUCUGAGCGCGAUCUGCACAAUAUUGGUCUUAACUCAGACUAUGCUCGUCCCGAGUGGAUGAUCAUCACUGUGCUGCCUGUACCCCCUCCUCCCGUGCGUCCUAGUAUUUCCAUGGAUGGUACUGGUACUGGCACGAGAAACGAGGAUGAUCUGACCUACAAGCUUGGUGACAUUAUCCGCGCCAACGGUAAUGUCAAGCAGGCCAUUCGUGAAGGAUCACCGCAACACAUCGCGCGUGAUUUUGAGGAGCUGCUGCAGUACCAUGUUGCCACCUACAUGGAUAACGAUAUUGCUGGUCAGCCGCGGGCCCUCCAAAAGAGCGGUCGUCCUGUCAAGGCGAUUCGCGCCCGUCUCAAGGGUAAGGAGGGUCGUCUGCGAGGCAACUUGAUGGGUAAGCGUGUCGACUUUUCCGCGCGUACCGUCAUCACUGGUGACGCCAACUUGUCUCUGCACGAAGUUGGUGUUCCGCGAAGCAUUGCUCGUACUCUCACCUAUCCUGAGACGGUCACACCCUAUAACAUUGCCAAGCUGCAUCAACUCGUUGAGAACGGACCUAACGAGCACCCUGGUGCCAAAUACGUCAUUCGCUCUGAUGGCACCAGAAUCGAUCUACGACACCACAGACGCGCGGCUCAAAUCUCUUUGGAAUAUGGAUGGAAGGUUGAGCGUCAUCUAAUCGAUGGCGACUACAUCAUCUUCAACCGUCAGCCCUCCCUGCACAAGGAAUCCAUGAUGGGUCAUCGUGUCAAGGUCAUGCCCUACUCUACCUUCCGACUUAACCUUUCCGUCACUUCCCCCUAUAAUGCCGAUUUCGAUGGUGAUGAAAUGAACUUGCACGUUCCCCAGACUGAGGAAACUCGGGCUGAAAUCAAGGAGCUUUGUCUCGUUCCCAACAAUAUUGUGUCGCCUCAGAAAAACGGUCCCCUAAUGGGUAUUGUUCAAGACUCUCUGGCCGGUGUCUACAAGCUCUGUCGUCGUGACACAUUUAUCGAUAAAGAGCUUGUUCAAAAUCUCAUGCUCUGGGUACCCAACUGGGAUGGCGUCAUUCCACAGCCGGCUAUUUUGAAGCCUAGACCUCGCUGGACCGGCAAGCAGAUUAUCAGCAUGGUCAUCCCCCCAGAGAUCAGUCUGUACAGCAAGGAAGAUAAGCUGGACAAUCCUAGACAUGACGCUGGCCUGCUUAUUCAGAGCGGUGAGCUCAUGUACGGUCUACUCAAGAAGAAGAGUGUUGGUGCUGCCGCAGGAGGCAUCAUUCAUUUGUGCUACAACGAACUCGGGCCGGAGGGCGCCAUGGCUUUCUUGAAUGGUGUCCAACAAGUUGUCACCUACUGGCUACUGAACACCGGUUUCAGUAUUGGUAUUGGCGACACUGUUCCCGACAAGGCUACCAUCAAUAAGAUCCAGGAGCAUAUCGACGAACACAAAGCCGAGGUCGCUCGCUUGACUGCCCAGGCUACAGCCAACGAGCUGGAGGCUUUACCUGGUAUGAAUGUCCGCGCCACUUUCGAGAACAAAGUCUCCAUGGCUCUCAACAUGGCCCGUGACCAGGCUGGUACUUCAACCAUGAAGAGUUUGAAGGAUUCCAACAAUGCCGUCACCAUGGCUGAUUCUGGUUCCAAGGGUUCUUCCAUCAACAUCUCGCAGAUGACGGCCCUCGUCGGACAGCAGAUUGUUGAAGGAAAGCGUAUCCCUUUCGGCUUCAAGUACCGAACACUGCCGCAUUUCACAAAGGACGAUUAUUCGCCUGAAGCUCGUGGUUUCGUCGAGAACUCGUACCUUCGUGGCUUGACUCCUUCGGAGUUCUUCUUCCACGCCAUGGCUGGUAGAGAGGGUCUCAUUGAUACUGCGGUUAAGACCGCUGAGACGGGUUACAUUCAGCGACGUCUCGUCAAGGCGCUCGAAGAUCUCAGCGCGCGCUACGACGGAACUGUGCGUAAUUCAUUGGGCGACGUUAUUCAAUUCUUGUACGGUGAGGAUGGUCUCGAUGCUAUGUGCAUUGAAAAACAGAGACUUGGCACCAUCAAGAUGUCUAAUGCUGCCUUCGAAAGCCAAUAUCGUUUGGAUCUUGCCAACCCCCCUGAGUGGUUCCGCAAGGACUAUGAGUACGGCAAUGAGCUGGCAGGCGAUAGGGCGUCCAUGGAACUGCUGGACAUGGAGUGGGAUGCCCUUGUUGCUGACAGACGCCUUGUCCGUGAUAUCAACAAGAGCAAGAUGGGUGAAGAGAUGAUGCAGCUUCCACUCAAUAUUGGCCGUAUCAUCGAGAGUGCCAAGCGUGUCUUCAAUAUUCGCGAAACUGACCGCAGCAAUCUGCGGCCGUCCGAUGUCAUCACAACUGUUCAAAAUUUGCUGGCCAACAUGCAGAUUGUGCGUGGCACGGACCCCAUCUCAGUUGAGGCCGAUUACAAUGCUACCAUUCUGUUCAAGGCACUCCUGCGCUCUCGUCUCGCUUUCAGAGAGAUUGUCUACGUGCAUCGCUUAAACAAGCUUGCCUUUAACCACGUCAUCGGCGAGCUUCAGAAUCGUUGGGAUAGAGCUUUUGUUAGCCCUGGUGAGAUGGUUGGUGUUCUCGCUGCCCAGUCUAUUGGUGAGCCUGCUACUCAGAUGACACUCAACACUUUCCACUUUGCUGGUGUGUCUUCGAAGAACGUUACUCUGGGUGUGCCGCGUCUCAAGGAGAUUCUGAACUUGGCCAAAAAUAUCAAGACUCCCAGCAUGGCCGUCUACCUGGACACCAAACUGGGUACGCAGGAGCAGGCCAAGAAGCUCCGUAGUUUGGUCGAGUAUACCAACUUGCGCUCCGUCACAUCGGUCACCGAAAUCUACUACGAUCCCGAGGUGCAGGCAACGAACAUUGCUGAGGAUGUGGACAUGGUUGAAUCUUACUUCAUGAUUCCCGAUGAUGCCCAGGAUACCAUUCACCGGCAGUCGCGCUGGCUCCUCCGCAUUACUCUUGACCGCCAGAAACUCCUGGACAAGGAAAUCAAGAUUGACGAUGUCGCUGCGUGCAUCAAGGAGGAGUACUCAAACGAUCUGGCCAUCAUCUUCUCUGACAACAAUGCCGACGAGCAAGUCAUCCGUAUCCGUACCAUUCGUCAAAGUGAUGACAAGGACGAGGAUUCUGACACGAAGAUUGAAGACGAUGUCAUGCUCAAGCGACUAGAAGCUCACUUGCUUGAUACUAUGACUUUACGCGGUGUUCCUGGCAUCGAAAGGGCCUUCUUGACCAAGGGUACCCGCCUGGUUGAGGAUGAAGACGGCUCCGAACUGGCUCUCAAGGAUAACCCGAAGUGCACACAGUGGUACUUGGAUACCAGUGGUUCAGCACUCCGCGAGGUACUCGCUGUCCCCGGUGUCGAUCCCACCAGAACCUACAGCAACGACCUGUAUCAGAUCACUGAGGUGUUCGGUGUCGAGGCUGUACGAUCUGCGCUGGUGAAGGAAUUGACCAACGUGUUGGCUUUUGACGGUUCGUACGUCAAUCAUCGUCAUAUUGCUUUGCUGUGCGACAUUAUGACCUACCGUGGUGUCAUUUCGGCCGUCACACGUCACGGUAUUAACCGGGCCGACACUGGUGCUCUGAUGCGUUGUUCCUUCGAAGAGACUGUCGAAAUCCUGCUCGAGGCUGCCGCUACUGGCGAACUCGACGACUGCCGUGGUAUCUCCGAGAACGUCAUGCUUGGUCAGCUUGCGCCCAUGGGCACCGGCAACUUUGAUGUCUACUUGGAUCCUAAGAUGCUGGAGACUGUCAUUUCCGACAAUUCUCGCAUGGGCCUUAUGCCUGGCAUGCCCACCAAGGAAGGCGAGGGCGAGGGUGCUGCCACACCAUACGAUAGUGGCUCGCCGAUGGGCGACUCUGGUUAUCUCAGCAUGGCUUCGCCUGCUGCUGGUAACUUUUCUCCUAUUCAGGGUGCUGGCUCAGAAACACCUACUGGGUUCAAUACCGAGUAUGGCGGUGGCUUCGGAGCCAAUGGUUCGAUGAGUCCGUACUCGCGUGGCGCUACUAGUCCCUUCAGCACGUCGCCCACGUCGCCAUUCAGCGCAGGCAUGGGAGGCUAUUCGCCAUCGUCGCCUAACACGGGUUACUCCCCUACGUCGCCCAUGCUUGACGGCGGUGCUCGUUACGCCACCUCUCCGUCAUUCAGUCCGUCUUCGCCGUCCUUCUCGCCGACGUCGCCGAUGCUGCGACCCACCAGCCCGGCCAGCCCCAACUACAGCCCAACGUCUCCUAGUUACUCGCCGACGUCGCCGACAUCACCGCGACACUACUCGCCUACAUCUCCUGCUCAGUUCAACUCGCCGACGUCUCCCAGCUACUCCCCGGCCAGUCCCAAUUACAGUCCUGCGUCUCCCAACUUCCAAGGAGCUGGUCCUACUUCGCCUUCGUACUCGCCUGCGUCGCCGUCGUGGUCACCAACGUCACCCGACGCUUACUCACCCACGAGUCCAAGCUUCGGACGCAGCCCCGGCCAGCAGCAGUCGCCCACGAGCCCUGGUUACUCUCCCACCUCGCCGCAGUUCUCUCCACGCACGCCUGGUCCCUCGGGCUCUGGUGGAGGUUCUGGAACUGGCAACCAAUACUCGCCUAGCUCGCCGAAUAACGAGUGA